GUAGGUGAGGUGAUACUGUGAUAGUAACAGGGGCGGUGGAGAAAUGUAGAGGAAAUGGUACGUGGACGUCAACCUUUCAUCGAGCGACUAACGGACAAUCCUGGACCGCUGAGGCCUCCCUCGCUUCACCGGAACUGUAGAAUGUCAUCAUAUAUGAUCGAUCACCUCAGCCUCCUCCUCCUCUCAUGAAACCACCAUGUUGGCGGUUACCCUAACUCCCUCCCUUUUUCCCGCCAAACCCUCCCAAACCCGCCAGUUUCGCAUCUUCCGCCGCCGCAGACUCAAAAUCAACUCCUCCUCCUAUAACCUCUUCAACUCCCUCGAUUCCAUCACCCCCGCCGCUCUCGGCCUCGCUUCCGGCGCCGCCGCUCUUUUCUUCUCCCGAUUCAAAUCCUCACCUCUCAACAACACCGAUAACAGUUCCCCGCUCUCCGAUGUCGGCGACUGGAUCCUCUUUUCUUCUCCGACGCCGUUUAACCGCUUCGUACUCCUCCGUUGUCCUUCGAUCUCGUUCGAAGGGAACGACGAUGUCAGCGAGAGGCUUAUCAAAGAGGAGAGGCACUACGUCUGCGUCAGCAAUGGGAGGAUUCAAGUCAAGAAGAAUAAGAAGAAGAAGAAGAGGAAGCGAGAGAGGGAAUCGGAGGAGGAUGAGUUGAGUUAUCAGAGAGUGUGCGUGACUUCACCGGAUGGAGGUGUGGUUUCAUUGGAUUGGCCUGCUAAUUUGGAUUUGGAAGAGGAGCGUGGCUUGGAUUCUACUCUCUUGCUUGUUCCCGGAACGCCGCAAGGGAGCGCCGACGAUAAUAUAAAGCUCUUUGUGGUCGAAGCUCUCAAGAGAGGGUACUUCCCUGUUGUCAUGAAUCCCAGAGGAUGCGCUUCUUCACCUCUCACCACUCCUCGGUUAUUUACAGCUGCUGACAGCGAUGAUAUCUGCACAGCUAUAACGUAUAUCAAUAAGGCGAGGCCAUGGACGACCUUGAUGGGUGUUGGCUGGGGAUAUGGGGCAAACAUGCUGACGAAAUACCUGGCUGAGGUUGGGGAAAGAACACCACUGACGGCUGCUACGUGCAUAGACAAUCCUUUUGAUUUAGAUGAAGCUACAAAGGCCUCUCCUUAUCACAUUGUCACUGAUCAGAGACUCAUUGGUGGACUGGUAGAUAUUCUACAAACAAAUAAGGCACUAUUCCAAGGCAAAACUAAAGUUUUUGAUGUGGAAAAAGCUCUUUUGGCAAAAUCUGUUCGUGAUUUUGAAGAAGCAAUAUCCAUGGUAUCUUAUGGCUUUGAGAAUAUAGAAGAUUUUUAUACAAAAUCCAGCACAAGAAAUAUGAUCAGGGAUGUUAAAAUUCCUGUUCUCUUCAUACAGAGUGAUAAUGGGAUGGCUCCAGUGUUCUCAGUUCCACGGAAUCUGAUUGCAGAAAAUCCAUUCACAAGCCUGCUCCUGUGUUCUUGUUUACCAUCUAGUGCUAUGGAUACUGACAUGUCUGCUUUAUCGUGGUGCCAGCUUCUAACAAUUGAGUGGCUCACAGCAGUGGAGCUGGGACUCUUAAAGGGCCGUCAUCCUCUUCUAACAGAUUUAGAUGUAACCAUAAAUCCUUCUAAAGGAUUAUCUGCUCUAGAGGAAGUGAGCUCAGAUAAGAAAGGUAAUGUCAGCAAAUUGUUGGAUCUUGCUCAGUCAGAUGCAUUUAAUGGAUACUCUCUUGGUCCUACCAAAGAUUCUCUUGAAGGAGGUAAGAGUAAUGCUAGCCGCCAGCCUAGGUCCCAACAAGAACCACAAAGGAACUUUGAGCAGGUAGAUAUUAGCUUACAGGUUAAAGAUGGUCCAUUGCAGCAGACUAGCUCUGAUGCAGAUUCGACUGAAGAGGAGAACGAUGCCUCAGUAGAUAGUGACCAUGGUCAAGUUCUACAGACCACACAAGUUGUAAUGAAUAUGCUUGAUGUUACCAUGCCCGGUACUCUAUCAGAAGAGAAGAAGAAAAAGGUAUUAACUGCAGUGGGUCAGGGAGAGACACUCAUAAAAGCUUUACAAGAUGCUGUUCCAGAAGAUGUUCGUGGAAAGUUAACAGAUGCCGUGUCUGGAAUUAUGCAUUCACAAGGCUCUGACUUGAAGUUUGACAGGAUUCUUGGUAUGAGUCAGGCCCCUAAACCAUCACCAGGGCAAAAGAACCAAGAAAAAUCAAGAGGAGUGCCAAGUGCAGAAGUUAAGUCUGAAGAUCAGUCAUCUUUGAAUCAGAUAAAAAAGACUGAUAGUUCUACAGAUGGCUCUGAUAGUGCUCCAAGUGGCAGGGGUGAAUCUGCUGAAGGAACAGAAACAGAAGGUAUUCCACUAGAGGUAUCACCAAAUUCUGCAAAUUUAGCUCAACCUCAGGAAUCCAACAACGAAUCUGGUUCUUCUGGUUCUCUCAGGAAGGAAACUGGAGAGUCUAGAGACAAUAAUGACACAGAAGAGGAAUUAAUAGGAAAAGUCGUUCCUGAUAUUGAUCAUAGCGAGAAAGGAUUGGAAAUAGGUUCUAAACCAUCUACUCCCAGCCAUUCUGAUGGGGCAGGUGGCCUUGAAACAGUAGCUGCUGCUGAACAAAAAAACCAAAAUGGUGGAAUACCUCAAACAGACAGAGAGGAAAGUAACACCUUGGAGGUUGAAGAGAAAAGUCAGGAUUUCUCUAGUGAUCAAAGUAAAACGACAUCAACUGAUGCAAAAGAUGAACCAUCUUCAUCUUCUCUGUCCUCUGAGAACCAAACAAUAGAAAAGGAAGGUAAUGAUGACGAGAAGAAAGAUAACAAGAAUAUGCAGCCUAUUUCGCAGAAACCUAACUCUUCUGACUCAGACUCCAGUGCCUCUUCCAUCAGUGUUUCUCAAGCAAUGGAUGCGUUGACAGGAAUGGAUGACUCCACCCAAGUGGCUAUGAAUAGUGUUUUUGGUGUGAUAGAAAAUAUGUUAACUCAGCUUGAACAGAGCUCAGACAAUGAAGAUAAAGUCAAGGAUGGAAACGAUAUUGAACACAAGUUAGGAGGGCAGGAAGAAGGUAAUAGCCAGAACAAUGAUUCCAGCACAUGUGAUAAUCCUUCUGUAGAUCACCAUAAUGACACAUUCUUGAAGAAUGAUUCUUGUCAUACAAAGGAACAACAAACUCAAAGCCUGAGUACAAUUAAUGGGAGUGUUGUAUUCAAUUCUCACAAUUGUAACUCUAAUGAUCACCCUGUUAAGAAGGAAAGUAACACGACUAGUCAACUAAUUGACAAAACAUCUCUUGUUGAUAAAUGGGAUGGACAGAGACAGGUAAAUAGGAUGCCGGUGUUCAUACCUGCAGGUGCACAUACUGACUCGCCACCUGCAGGUGCACAUACUGACUCGCCUUACAAAGAAUACCUUCGUAAAUAUCUUGUUUCGGAGGUCUCUGCCAAAUCACUUGAUUUAAACACAGCUACUGCAUUAUUGCUUGGCUAUUUCCCAGAAGAAGGUCAAUGGAAGCCUUUUGAACAACCACAAGGCAUGGAAAUUGCUUCUGCUGAUGCUGAAACUUAUGAGGCUGGACGCAAGAUGAAGGCCUCCUCGUCUGCGAAAUCUGUUGAUGCAGAGCAGUAUAUUGAACCACCAUAUGUAAUAAUAGAUACUGAAAAGCAACAAGAACCUGUUAAAGAGUUCAUAACAACAGACACUGGGAACAGCAUGAUUGAUACUGGUGAAGACAGGUCAGAGGAAUUGAUCCAAUUAGUGAAAAACAGAGUACUAGAUUCUUUGAAGAUGGAAGUUGGACGCAAGCUGAAUGCUGAAGAAAUGAUAGAAAUGAAAUCGAUGCUUGCGGGAGAUCUGGAGUAUGUGGCAGACGCGGUUUCACUGGCUGUUGUGGAUAGCAAGGUGCAACAAAAUACUGAAAGUCAAGAUCAUGUUGUUGGGGGUGCUAUAGAAAAUGUUGGUACUCUUGAUGGGGAACAUAUCAUUAGGGUAAUAUCAUCUUCUGUUCCGCAAACAAGCUGCCUGAGAAAAGUGAUGCCUGUUGGUGUUAUUGUUGGAUCCAUAUUAGCUACCUUAAGGAAAUAUUUUGAUGUAGCUUCACUUCAAGAUAACGGCCAGAGUAGAUAUCUGGGCCAUGAUGACGGGGAAAAACCUAGAAAAAAGAAUCAUGACAUUGUUGGUGUAACAGAUAUAGAUCAAGUACCUGAUGAAAAAACUGGUCUGGACAAUCCUAUCAAUAGUGAGUUGGUACAAAGUGAAUCAGAAAAUGCAAGCAAAAGUACUGUCAUGGUUGGUGCUGUUACAGCUGCUCUUGGGGCUUCUGCUUUACUCAUUCAACAGAAGGAUCCACAACUAGGAAAUGAAACUUCUGAAAGCUCAUCCACAUAUUUGAAAAUAAAAGAGCACCAUUCAAAGGAACCACAAGAGUUUAAGGAGGAAGGAUCUGAAAAGAACCAGAAUAACUUAGUCACAAGCCUUGCUGAGAAAGCCAUGUCAGUUGCUAGUCCAGUUGUACCUACUAAAGAAGAUGGUGAAGUGGAUCAAGAAAGAAUGGUUGCCAUGCUAGCUGAUUUAGGACAGAAAGGUGGCAUGUUGAGGCUUGUAGGAAAAAUUGCUUUGCUGUGGGGUGGUAUACGUGGUGCAAUGAGUUUGACAGAUAGGCUUAUCUCAUUCUCGCAUAUUGCUGAACGCCCAUUGUUUCAGAGGAUUUGUGGGUUUGUCGGCAUGACCCUUGUUCUAUGGUCUCCUAUUGUUAUUCCACUGCUUCCAACAAUCGUUCAGAGUUUGGCGACAAAGACUCCUUCCAAAAUAGUGGAGUUUGCUAGCAUACUUGGCCUCUACACUGCUAUAAUGAUACUUGUUAUGUUAUGGGGGAAAAGAAUCCGUGGGUACCAAAAUUCAUUUGAACAGUAUGGGCUGGACUUGACAUCACCACAAAAGCUGAUUAAAUUUUUGAAAGGCUCUGCUGGUGGUUUUGUCGGUGGAGUCAUCUUUGUUUUUUCAAUUCAUGCCGUGAAUGCAUUUAUUGGUUGUGCAAGCUUCUCUUGGCCUCAUACUCCACCUUCAGAUGCCAUGACUUGGCUAAAAGUGUACGGUCAAAUGGGCCUGGUAGUUGUUCAAGGAACUGUCAUGGCAAGUGCUAUUUCCAUGGUGGAAGAACUGCUUUUCAGGUCAUGGUUGCCCCAGGAAAUUACAGUUGAUAUCGGGUAUCAUCAAGGAAUCAUAAUUUCCGGGCUAGCAUUUUCUAUAUUGCAGAGGUCUCUACAAGCAAUACCAGGACUUUGGCUUUUAUCGUUGUCUUUGUCAGGUUUCCGAGAGAGAAAUGGAGGUAGUCUCUCCAUCCCUAUCGGGAUACGUACAGGGAUGAUGGCAUCCACUUUUUUCUUGCAAAAGGGUGGUGUUUUAACAUAUUACAAUAAGGCCAACAUUCCUAUGUGGAUAAUGGGGUAUCAUCCAUUUCAACCAUUUAGUGGUAUCGUUGGUUUUGUACUUGCUUUAUCAUUGGCAGUACUUCUCUACCCCAAACAGACUUCACUGAAAAGAGAAAUUAGGGAGUAAGUACAAAAUUCAUUUCUUAAAAGCAUCACAGUUAUGAAUUUGGUUGACACUGCCCUGUUAAUAUGCCAAAGUUGGAGGUGGUUAGUAGAGCAUUUUGAUUCUGCUAUACACGGUGCAAGUUUUAAUGGUUUUUGUCAAUGGAAGUAGAGAAUGGGAAAGCCAGUAACUGGGGCAUACAAAGAAAGACAAAACUUUGCAAAAUCAAAGGACCAUUUUGAGUACAAGAUCCUUUUGUCAAAAGCAAUAAAGGCUUCAGUUAUCUUGAGUAUCAUGCAAAAUUCUCAUAAAGAACCUAGAGGCAGGCACCAAACAUAUGGGGGUUUUAGAUUUAAGAUAUAUGAUGUACAGGGUCAAUUUUGUAAGUAGAAAGGUCAAGGCUUGUACAAAAUUGUUAUAUUUUCCUGUACUUUUUUUUUCAUCAGCCAAUCGAAGUGUACAGUAGGUUACUGUAAGUUGUUAUAGUUGUGUCACUAUUAGUAUUUAGCAGAAAGCGAUACGAUGUAGGGGAGGCUGAUUAUAGGACCCUAAGUUGGUAUAUAUAUGCACUUGUACUCCUUGUCUUUCUCUUUUCUUUUUUUUUUGCCAUUUUCAGAAGGAUAUGUAUACUGCAACACUAAAUUAUGACUACCAAAAUAUUCCAAAGCAAUAAGAAUCCAUGGAAAACUUCACAGUUUA